AUGGCAUCCCCCAAGGAAUUCACCGUCAAUCCCCUUCGGCCGUAUUACCGGCCUCCCACAAUCGAGGAGCGGGCAGAACCGGUAGCGAUCCCGAGCUCGAAUCCGUUUUCUGGUGGCAACAGCUACGAUGUCGCCAGUGGUGCGAAAUACGCCUCCAAGGCCAAGCACAUGCUGAAUGAUCUCGACUACAAGGAGUUGAUUGGCGAGCCUUCUCCGUCGGUUGUCGAAAGCGCCAGGGAGCUCGUCGAUGAGUUGAUAUGGAAAUACAUGUCCGUCUUGAUCGGGCAGCCCUUCGAGGUUGCCAAGAUGAUCCUGCAGGCUCGGGAUCAGGAUGAAAAGGCUGCCCUCAUGGUAGCUGCCGAGCCGGAAACUCCUGCUCCCGCCCCUCAGGUAUCAAGUCGAGCUGGCUCGGCAUUUGAUGAGGAAUCUGAUGGCGAGGAACCGGCAUACUUCACAUCCAGCGAUCCGGCCAUACCCAAUCCCUGGGGUCCAAGCCAGGCUCAGCCUGAGAAGCGACCCAGUAGCCGGCGUGCAGAAUCUCCUUUACAGUCCCCGACGACACCGAAAAAGGUGCCCGUCUUGCCGGAGCACUUUUUAAAUCUUCGUCGGUCUGAUGCUAUUCUUGACGUCAUUGGGCAGCUAUGGCAAAGGGACGGCGCAUGGGGAGUAUGGAAAGGAGCAAAUGCAACCUUUCUGUACACUGUCCUGCAGUCUCUGUUGGAGAAUUGGUCAAGAAGCUUCCUGAGUGCUGUGUUCAAUGUGCCAGACUUGGGUGUCAAGGACAACAUUGAGCGUCUUGUUGACAUUGCAUCUCCAUAUCCCUGGGCUUCCUUGUUCGUGGCCGCCGCCGCCGCAGUCACAACCAGCCUCGCACUUGCGCCUCUAGAUCUCGUACGCACGAGGUUAAUCCUCACCAACCCCUUCAAGGGACAACGAAGAACCAUUGCAAGCCUUCGAGCCCUCCCUUCUUACUACUGCCCUUCCACCAUUGUCGUUCCCACCAUUCUUCACUCUCUCGUCAACCCCAUCUUCACUCUCUCCACCCCAUUGGCGCUCAAGACCAAGUUUAUGCUCACAAGCGAAAUUGCGCCCAUGACAUUCUCCGCUGCCAAGUUUUUCGCCUCGUCGGUGGGAAUCUUGAUCAAGCUCCCUCUGGAGACUGUACUGCGCCGAGGCCAACUCUCUGUGCUUUCCGAACCGGAGUACCUAGAGGCUCUCAAUGACGGUGAACCAGCAUUGGAGACCAUUGUACCCAUUGGCAAAUACAAUGGCACUUUCGGCACCAUGUACCACAUCGUUACCGAAGAAGGCACUCGGGAGAUCCCACCCAAGCCCGUAAUAAGCAAGCGAGGCAAGGUCAAGACCAAGAACCUCCUGCCAACCUACAAGAAGGGCCAGGGCAUGGAAGGUCUCUGGAGGGGAUGGCGAAUCGGGUGGUGGGGACUGGUUGGUCUCUGGAUGGCCAACAUGGUUGGGCACGGUGGCGAUGGUGAGUUUUAG